CAAUCUUCAGUGGGUUGGCCUUUAUAUUUUUGGGCACCAUGCGGAUUUAAAAAAAAAAAAAUACUUUUUUUAUGAUUCCGUGUCACUGUGUGUAUUUAAUUCGCAGGUAAACUUCUUGCAUGAGGCUUUGAAAAACAGGAAAGGUCUUUAAAAAAGGACUUUUCUUGUGUUUUGCCAGUAAUGGCUAAACGGAUUAUGAGCAGUGAUGACAAUAUCGAAAACUUCCCAGAUGAAGUACUUAGUCACAUAAUCUCGUUCCUUCCAGUUAAAGAUGCGGUUCGGACAUCUAUUCUGUCCAGAAGGUGGAGGUAUCUUUUCACUACCAUUUCUAGCCUAGACUAUGUGUUUGAUCCUUAUGAUGGUAGGGGAGCGGCGCAGUUCAUGAAUAGUGUCAACAGACUAUUUUUCUCCUCUGAGAAGCUGUCUAUAUUAAGAUUUUGUCUCAGGUGCUAUAAAGCUCUCGAGCCAUUGUGUAUUGAUGGGUGGAUACGGGCUCUAAUGUGUCGUAAUGUUCAAGUGCUUGAUAUGGGCAUUAAGGAUGUAGAGUUUGAUGCUCUGCCACUGCCAACUAGUUUGUUUUCAUGUAAGACACUGGUGCUUCUGAAAUUGGAUUUUCCCCUGCGUACUUAUGAUUUUAAAGUCCCUCAAAGGGUUUGUCUGCCAAGUAUUAAGGUUAUUCAUCUUCAGGGAUUUGCGUUUUCAGACAAUGAUUCUAGUGAAAGGCUGUUUUCUAGCUGCCCUACUCUCGAGGAUUUGGUUUUGCAAUCUUGUUGUUUAAGGGUUGGAUGUGACAAUUUCUGUGUUUCUAAUUCUUCACUAAAGAGACUGACCAUUAGGAAUAUGUUGUAUCAGCUUUUGCCAACAAAAGGAGUUCAGUUGGUGAUUAAUGCCCCAAGUCUCUUCUACUUUGAACACACUUUUCCUGAUUUUUACUCAUAUCAAUUUUUAGAUGUACAGUCUCUUACUGAAGCUGUUAUUAGCCAUCGUGGAGAACAUGGUGAUUCUAUGAUUCAUUUAACUGAGGCAACUGAUCUGUUGAAUGGGUUAAAGAAUGUUCGUUCCCUUCAAAUAUCCAGUGAUAUUCUAGUGUAUCUUUGUCAUCAUAGAAUCCUUUUCCCUGAUCUCAGCAAAAUGACUCACUUGAAAAUUCUUCGUGGGGAGUUUGACAUGGCUUACCUGAUUUAUAUACUUCUUGUGUGUCAUUCUAUAGAAACACUUGUUCUUCAGGAUGUCUCAGAUAAAUGUAUUGAUGCCUUUUUCCCACCACUUGAAAAUGUGUGUAUAAUGCCGAAAUUGAGGGAAAUUGAAAUUUUGUCAUUCAGAGGCGAAGAAAGUCCCAUGAAACUCGUCAAGUGGCUUUUGAUCACAGCCUGCGCAUUGGAGAAGUUGACAAUUAGAAUUACUUUAUUGAGACAACAUUCAAAGAUAAUGAAGGAGUUAUUGAUGUUACCAAGGGUCUCAAAGAAAUGCUGCAUUGUGAUUGUCUAGGUGGUAUCUUGAUCUCUCUGAAUUAGCUAUGCUUGUUUCAACUAGAAUUCAUUCUCAUUAUGCAUUCCAUUUGUUGGUCGCAGCAAGUUAUUUUCCAAGAAUUGCUUCGGGCAAUAUGCCCUAUUAUAUUGUGGUUAUUUUUUCUUUCAAUCAAUUUGGAGGAGUGUU